GUUCAAACUUCAAGUUCAAAACAUUUUGAAUACUUGAUUAAAAUAUUGAUAUUUUUUAAAUGUUUGUUAAAAUUUCAAGAAUGAAUUAAAAUUUAGAUAUAAAAAAUAAAAACGUUGUGUUCAACAUGAAACUUUAGUCAUGUUUCAUUUGCGUUAUGGGUUAAAAUUUGUAAACUUCAAGUGAUGUAAAUUUCUAAUCAUUUAUCAUGAUAAAAACCAUUUCGUUGAGAAACAGAAGACAUUUAAUGUCAAGAAUAUGCUUCGCAAUAUUGCUUAUCAUUUGUAUUUUGCUCAUAAAAAAACUCUACCACAGUACAUUGCAAGUUGCUGAUGCAGCAAGUAAGAGAAUCAUCGUAGUCAAUCUCAGAGCUAUAAAUCAAACUAUACCGGAAUUCAUCGCAGAAGAUGAAGAUAACAGAGUGUUAUUGAAAGCACAACAGCAACCUCAGUACAUGUUGGAAGAAGAUGGAGGAGGUAAAGCAGAUCAGGAUCAGGAACCGGAACAUCAUUACGUUGAACCAGCAGCGCAUCCGCAGCCUCAUCAUCCUCAACCUCAUCAUCAUAGACCUCCGGAAGAAGCGCCUGUGUAUAGUUAUGAAGCAAUGAUUAAAGCCGACGAAGAUCAAAUCGUACCCGGAUUGGGAGACUAUGGUGAUCCGGUUAAAGUGGUUCCGUAUACGACUGAAGAAGAGGUAGAAAAAUGCAUGAAGAAAGAAGCUUUCAAUAAAAUUCUCAGUGAUAAGAUAUCAUUUACGCGGAAAGUUCCCGAUGCCAGGCAUCCAUUGUGCGUAACGAGAAGUUACGAGGAAAAUUUACCAACCGCUUCCAUUAUAAUUAUUUUCAUUAAUGAAGCUUGGAGUUCGUUGAUGAGAACUAUUCACAGUGCAUUGAUCAGAACACCGGAUAAACUCUUGAAAGAAAUUAUUCUAGUCGAUGAUUCUAGCGAUCGAGAGGAUCUGAAAGGAAAAUUAGAUUAUUAUAUCAGAACUCGUCUACCUGAUAAAGUAAAACUUGUACGAUUAGCGAAACGAAAUGGUCUAAUCAAAGCGAGAUUAGCCGGCGCUCAAAUCGCCACCGGAGACGUGCUGGUGUUUCUCGAUUCUCAUUGUGAAUGUGGUAUCGAUUGGAUACAACCUUUGGUACAACGUGUCAAAGAACAAAAAAAUGCUGUAGUGUGUCCCGUUAUCGAUGUGAUCGAUGAUCGAACCAUGGGAUAUAUGUUCAACUACGAUCGUCAAUUCCAAAUUGGUGGUUUUACUUGGUCUGGACAUUUCACUUGGAUUCCAAUACCGGAAUAUGAACUAAGGAGACGUGAAACUGACGCUGAUCCUACAAGAUCUCCUACUAUGGCCGGUGGUUUGUUUGCUAUCGAUCGUAAUUAUUUUUGGGAAAUUGGUUCGUAUGAUUCUAAAAUGGAAGUUUGGGGUGGAGAAAAUUUGGAAAUGUCGUUUCGAAUAUGGCAAUGCGGUGGCUCGUUGGAAAUAAUUCCUUGUUCUCGGGUCGGACAUAUAUUCCGAUCAUUCCAUCCUUACACUUUUCCUGGCAAAAAAGAUACUCAUGGAAUCAAUACUGCUCGAAUGGUGGAAGUUUGGAUGGACGAGUACAAACGUCUAUUUUACCUGCAUCGACCUGAUUUAAAGAAAGCCAAACUCGGCGAUCUUUCAACACGUAAAGAACUGCGAGAUAAACUCCAUUGUCACGAUUUUGCAUGGUACUUGAAAAACGUGAUCCCGCAAAAAUUCAUUUUAGACGAAAAUGUUCAAGCUUACGGCCGAGUGAGAUCAAAAGUGAGGAAUUUCUGUUUCGAUAAUUUAAAUUUCGGCGAAGAUACACCCCAUAAUUUAGGUCUUUAUAAUUGUCACCCGAAACUGUUCACUUCUCAAUAUUUUUCAUUGACCUUGACUGGAGAACUCAGACGAGAAGAAUUAUGCGCAGAAGUUCAGCAAAAGACAAGUAGGCUAGCAGGACCAGCGGAGAAUUCCAAAGGGAAUGUGACAUUGACAAGAUGUGACGGUAACUCCAAACAAGUAUGGUCGUACGAGAAUGAGAUGAUAAGACACGUAGAUACCGGUUUAUGUAUUCAUUCGUACGGAGCUACUCCAGAAUCACCGGCGACUGUUGCAGAGUGUAAAGCAAAUGACGUAUACUUUCGAUGGAUUUGGGAAUAUCUGAAACAGCCCGAUUCGAAUAAUUAUUAUAGAAAUCAUUUAUUCAGAUGAUUAAUCCAUUGAAUAUGAAUUCACUACUGUGUUAUUAGAUUACUUUCGCGGAGAAAUUCGAUUUUCGAAAUGUUACCUUUUUGGAUACAUCAUUUUUUAAGUUUUAUUACGAGUAAUAAUUACAAGACUGCUAAGAGCAAGGUAGCUGUUAAACUUUAUAGACGAUAAUAGGAGAAUUUUCUCAUGUGAUAUUAAUGUUAUUUCGAGGAUAUAAUUUUUUUACAUUGUGAUGUAAAUAUUUCAGUGUAACUGGAAAUUGAGAUGAUUCUCGAGAGUUACUGAGCGAUGUACGUACUUAACAAUAUAAUAUUGGAUGAUUUAUACUUUUGGACAAACCUUCUGUGAUAUUUAUUUAUUUUUAUAUUUUUACUAUUUAUGUUGUAACACCUCGAAUCAAAUUUAUACAUCACGGUCUAAUUUUUACCUAGUUAUAAAAUGGUUAUUCGUUUGAAUAAAAUUUCUGUUUGUGGUA